AUGGUGGAUCUUUGCUGGAAGCUGUCCUUCUGCUUUUUUUGCUAUCAAGUUGUCUCAGGAAGAGUUAAGAGGGAGGGGCAUUAUAUUGCUGCUGUGUACGAACAUGAGUCCAUACUGAGUCCUAACCCAAAAGCCCUGGUUGAUCGACAGUCUGCGCUGGAGCUCAUGGGCAGGAACCUAGACAUCUAUGAACAGCAAGCAGUGGCUGCUGCAAGACAGGGGGCACAGAUCAUUGUUUUUCCUGAAGAUGGAAUCCAUGGCUUCAACUUCACCAGAAGCUCCAUUUAUCCUUACUUGGAUUUCGCUCUGCAUUCACAGUCUGUGAAGUGGAAUCCGUGCAGAGAGCCGUAUUUGUUCAAUGACACAGAGGUUCUUCAGCGUCUGAGCUGCAUGGCACUGAAGAACAAAAUAUUCCUUGUGGCAAACUUGGGAACUAAGCAGCCCUGUGAGCACAUAGAUCCUCACUGUCCCUCUGAUGGAAGAUACCAGUUCAAUACCAACGUGGCGUUCAAUGCUGAUGGCAUGCUGGUAGCCACGUACCGCAAACACAAUCUGUACUUUGAAUAUGCUUUUGAUACCCCACCAGAGCCUGACUAUAAAGUCUUUGAUACCCCUUUUGCUGGCAAGUUUGGUAUGUUCACUUGCUUUGAUAUACUUUUUUUUGAGCCUGCAGUGAACCUCAUUAGAAAAUACAAUUUGAAACAAGUUGUAUAUCCAACUGCCUGGAUGAACCAGCUCCCGCUCCUUUCUGCUGUAGAGUUUCAACAAGCUUUUGCAACAGCUUUCAACAUCAAUAUUUUAGCAGCUAAUAUCCACCACCCUACCUUGGGCAUGACAGGAAGUGGCAUAUACACGCCAGUCAAAUCGUUCGUCUACCACAACAUGGAAAGUUACGGUGGCAAGCUCAUAGUAGCAGAAAUUCCUGUGAUUACUACAGAUCAUGAAACCAAUUUGGAGAGUAAUGAAAAAGUCAGAGAGAAUUUGCAUCACUCAUGCAAGACUUCUAUAGGCACCUCACUGGAUGAUCAAGUUUGCUUUAGAGAGGGAGAAGAGACCCCCUGCAGCGUGUCAGAAAAAGGAAACGAACAGUUACUUCCCGUAUUUUAUUCGGAAAUGAUGUAUGACAACUUCACUUUUGUUCCUGUAUGGGGGGAAAAAGGAGAGCUCCAAGUUUGUGCCAAUACCCUUUGUUGUUACUUAAAUUAUCAGAGAGCUGGUUUAACUGAUGAAUUAUAUGCCCUGGGAGUUUUUGAUGGGCUCCAUACAGUGCAUGGCACGUACUAUGUCCAGGCCUGUGCGUUAGUGAAGUGUGGUGGUCUCAACUUCAGCACUUGUGGAGAGGAGGUUACACAUGCCACUGCUCUGAUAGAUUUCCAGCUAUGGGGAAAUAUGAGUACCCGUUAUAUCUUUCCUUUACUGCUGACAUCUGGUAUUACCUUGGACUUUGCUGAUCACAUGGGCUGGAAAAACAACCACUAUUUCAUAAGCAAAAAUAGAACAUCUUCUGGCCUACUGACAGCUGCUCUAUAUGGACGAUGGUAUGAAAAAGACUAGCACAGAUACUUGAUUGAAUCAGAAAACAACUGCCUGUAUGCUCAGAGCAUAUAUCUUAACGUAAGUUGUUGAACAUCUGUACUUUCUAAAGCUUCAGGUGUGUUUGUACAUGACUACUGAUUGGAUU